AUGACUUUUACAGGACGUAAAGUUUUGGCAAUUAUUACUGGUGCAAGUCGUGGUAUUGGUCGAGAAACAGUGUUACAGCUAUCAAAAAUUGUUGCCAAAGGUUCCGCAUUUUUAAUCACCGCAAGGACAGCUGCAAAACUUGAAGAGCUAAGAGAUGAAAUCAAAUCCAGUGUCGAAGGAAUUGAUAUUCAUGUCUUGGUAUGCGAUGCUGAAAAAUUGAAUUCGGGCAAAAUUCUGGAAUUACAAGGAGCAAUUUCGUCUCUAAUAGCAAAUUCAAGAACAUACGAUGUGUUACUGUUGGUGCAUAAUGCUGGGACAGUUGGUGAUAUUACCAAACGAGGCGUAGAAAUUAUUAAUUCGGAUGAUUGGCACAGCUAUUUGCAAAUUAACUUUGUUUCAGUGGUACUCAUAAACAAUUCAGUGUUAAGUACCAUUCCUGAACGGGUAGCUCCGGCUCGCUAUAUUUUAAAUGUAACAUCACUACUAGCUGUAAAAGCAUUCCCAUCCAUGGUUCAGUAUUCUGUUGGAAAAGCUGCUCGUGAGGCAUUCUUUCGAGCGUUAGCAGUUGAGGAAAGUAAUUUACGAAUUCUGAAUUAUUCACCUGGUCCAGUGCAAACCGAUAUGCAUAAUGAAAUUGCUAAAAGGUCAUAUGAUGAAGGAAUAAGGGAAUCAUUCAAAGCGCAAGCUGAUAGCACUGAGGUGAACAGGCGAACACUUUCACCAAAAGAAACGGUGGAAAAAAUGCUGUCAAUACUGGAAGAGGACAAAUUUGAAAGUGGCUCGCGAUAUGAUUUCUUUGAUUUCUGA